AUGAGGUGCAGGUGUGGUUUGAAUGUUUGCCUUCAGCGAAACCGAUUUUACAAGGCAGGUGCUGGGCUUUGAGAAAAAUACUGUCCUUUUUCCUUUUGUUGGGCCCUUGGUGAUCCAUUCUUCAAGCGUCUAUCGACUGUCACACAUAAGACACUGUCCUGCACGCGCAUUUCGGUGACUCUUCAGGCGUAUGAACGUUGAAGUACAGGUUGAAAGAUGAUUCAGCUGGCCACUUUCCUAACCGCCUACGUGUUCUUAGGAAUUGCUCAUGGCGAAGGGUGUAAGGAUAACGCUACCGUGGGCGAGACAUCUUGGCACCACCAUCACAUCCGUCCUCAGCAUCGCAAAUUCUGCUUUCAAGAGGGUGUGAGCACCACCAACUGCUACCGCCCCGUUCAAGCACUUUUCUGUCGAAACAUUGUUCCUAUGGAUGGGGUGGUACAAGCUUCAGAGUCUGAUUCAGAAGAUACAUUAUAUAAGGUGCUUGCAGCAGUGCAGACCGAAACGUAUUUCCUCACGGGUACAACGAACAAGAGUCGGGAGACCUGCUCCUUCUUGUCUGGUACAGGGCUAACCGAAGACUGCGUGUCCGGGACGCCAGUAACCUACGGAUACAAAAACGGCAGAGAAUGGGUUAACAACACUGAUGUGGUGGACCAAACUGGGAAGUCUGACAGAUUUCCUUCCCGUCUUUCUGGACCACUGAAAGGAAUGAGGGUCGUGGCUCGGGGCGAGAACUGCUUCACUCUCCGUAAACAAACUGAAACUGAGGUGUGGGUUGCGGCAAGUGCCGUUGAUGUUUCAACAUGCUGCAAAGACAAGUUGGAGAAAAAAUUUAAGGACAACAUUUACGCUACAACAUACGAACAUGGAGUCUGCUGAAGGAGCCUUGAAUUUCGAAACUCUACGUGAAGACAUAUCAAUAAAAUUAUCUAACAGA